CCUGCUCGCAGGAGGAGGAAAAACGAAGGCCCAUCUUUGCCCCCAAACUACAAAUACUUAGCGCCAUUCUUCUUCUUCUUCUUCUUCGCCAUGAUCUUCUGCUCCGGCUCCGCCCUCCUGCAAAACCCUUUCCUUCCCUCCGCCGGAAAUGGUCGGUUUCGUCUCCAGGACCGUCGUUGAAGAGCAGGAAGACGACGGCUCCGAUCAGGCUUCCAACCCGAAAGGCACCGGGAACCCGCUCGCCCUCCUCGACCAGAAGAUCGGCGACCUGUCCUUCACCGACUCGUUCCUCGACUUCGAGUCCAUUCAGAACUGGUUCGAGGACGUCCCGAUGGACCCGGCGACCGUGCUGCCCGGGAGCUUCGACGGCGUGAAGGUUGAGGAAGGGUACUGCGGUCGGGAAGGUGCGGGGGAGGUGUUGGAACCUGGGUCUGAGCUAAAGCCGGGAGCUUGCGAGGCGGUGACUGCAGUUUUGGGUUCUGUGGUGAAGGUUGAGAAGGAGGAGUGGGAAAAGGUGGGGACUUUGGGGGGUUCUAUUGAGGACAACAUGGGGAGGGUCAGUUUGGGUUGUGGUUCCGGUGUUCCGGUCGUUGCUGAUGGUAUCUGUGUGAAAACUGAAGUGGGAAGCGAUGAUGGUGGGGGUGAUAGGAGUUUGGUGCCUGGUAGUGGUUUCGAGAGUGGUGACAGAGUAAAUGCAGUGCGGGGGGAACAGAUGAUUGGUGGUGAUCGUGAGAGAGGAAGCAGUUCAGAGUCCGACGGCUCUAGUUCGACUUCGUCGUCGUCCUCCAGUAGUAGUGAUGAGGAGGACGAUGAUGACGAUGAUGGCAAUCGCAGGGAUGAAGAGAGGGAGAGGAUGGGGGUGAAAGGACAUGUGGAAGAAGUGGGUGAAAUGGAAGAAGGUGAAAUACGGGAAGUUGAUGGAGGAGAGGAAUCUGGUGAGGAGAAGAAUGACGACAACGAUGAUAAAGACAGUGAUGAAGAUGGUCAGGUUGUGGUUGAUAUGGUUAGUUGGAGUGAUGUUGAAGAUGAAGAGGAUGGUGUUGCUGGCACUGGUGCUAAGGGCGGACCCAUCAGGUCAAAAAAUGAGGUCAAGGCUCUCCCUCCAGUUCCUCCUGUAAAUGCAACACUGCAGCCGCAUCAUCAGAUGUCGCCAGUUGGAGUUGUUCUAUCGAUGUUAGGAGCCCAAGUUAUUGUUGAAGGGGUGGAGAAGCACAGUCCUCUUAAUGAGGGCUCUAUCCUUUGGAUCACUGAGACCAGAACCCCACUGGGGCUGGUGGAUGAAAUUUUUGGACCUGUCAAAAACCCUUACUAUAUCGUAAGAUAUAAUUCAGAAGCUGAAGUCCCUGUGGGCAUCCACCAAGGCACUUUGAUCUCUUCUAUUCCAGAAUUUGCCAGUUACGUGCUUAAUGAGAAAUAUCUGUACAAGAAAGGAUAUGAUGCCUCAGGUGAGAAUGACGAAGAGGUGUCGGAGGAGGCAGAGUUUUCAGAUGAUGAGAAAGAGGCUGAGUACAGGAGAAUGCAGAGAAUGGCAAAGAGGGGCACCAACAUGGAUGACCAGAGAGCUGAAAGCAGGAAAAACAACAAAAAGAAGGUCAGAAGUAGGGAAUCAAACUGGAAAAAUGGUAAACCUCCGCCACAGCAAAUGCCAGCGAGAGAGGGUCAGCCCGUAUUAAAUCAAACUCAGCAUCAUAUCUCACCUACAGCACCAUCACUGGACUAUGGCAAUUUCGCAACAUCCUCUGCCAUUCAACCAGGUAAUAUGGGCGGAAUCGGCACAAAUUCACCAUUUCCGCUCAUGCAGCUGAGCACUGGCUCUAUUCUACCACUACACGGAGCUUGGGCGAACGGCUUGCCUUUGCAACAACCAAUGGGUGCUAUUUUUUCUAAUGGAAUUCCAAAUGGAAUGCCAUGGCCUCCACGUGGUAGUCAAUUUCCAUUUCAAAUGCCUCUUCCCAACCAAAUGCCAUUUCAGCAGCAGUUUGAUCUGAGCCAGGGGUUACUUCCCAACAUGGUCCUGCCGAUGGGGCAGUCAAAUACAUUAGGGCCUGGUUUGGCACCUUGGCCCAAUCCCAUGGGUCAAAAUGAAUGCAACCAAAUGACAGUUGGGGUUGGUGCAUUUGGCCAAAGUAGUCAUCCAAUUUUCAAUGCCGGAGGACAAGGUUUUCAGUUCAAUGGAUCCCGAGUUGAUCAGAGCGGCUAUACACAGCCACCUGCUGCAACUGCCUCUCCAACUGAUGCUCCGGGGCCAUUCAAGCAGCGUGGUCCAUCCUUCGGCCAUGGGAAGAAACCAUAUCGUGGAAGAGGCGGUCGAUUUUCAGGUGGUAGAAGCCAGCGGCAACCUCACUGACAGUUGUAGUUGCUGUUCGUAGUGUUUGUGCAGUAGUUUGAUUGCAAACUGCAGCAAUCAUGCCUUGAGCCUUCUAGCAAGAAAGAAUGUGUACUUUGAUGCUGCAGGGGAAGCGGUAAUUCAUAAUUAUCUGGUUCAAUAUGAGAAAAUCCCCCCGAUAUGUAAGCCGACUUUGUCUCCAGUGAAUUUUGUUUUGUGGGCA